AUGAAUGAGAAGAACCUCGAUAAGAUGUCUGAGGAUGAUCAAGUCGAAAAUCUUUGGAUAGAGGCAUUUGGCUCAGGAGACUCGGAUCGCAAUCUGGACGUCCCAUCUCCUGGGGCAGACGGAAUGCCUUCGACGUUGUCCCUGCCAACAUCUAGAAACCAGAAAUUUUAUUUUGACGACGAUAUGACGGUUUUCAUUGUCGAGAACGAACUCUUCCGUAUUCAUCGCUACUUCCUCACACGAGAAUCAGAGUUUUUCUGCACCAUGCUUAGCUGUCCUCCAGGUUCCGAAGGACCUGAAGGUACUUGUGAUGAGAAACCAAUUCCGAUUGAUGCUGGAGCGACAUGUAAAGAGUUUGAAUGUGUGCUUGACUAUAUUUUCAAUCGGCGGGGAAAUAACACUGCUCGUCAUCAGACGGAUCGCUAUUGGAUCAAUAUUCUAUCAUUCUCCAAUCGGUUCGACCUGGACGACAUUCGAACUGUGGCAGUUGCCCACCUUCAAAUGUAUCCCAUUUUGAACCCCAUUGACGCCAUCGCCCUCGCUGAACAAGUUGACAUGAAGGAAUGGCUUCUGCCCGCGUACAAGGCGUUAUGCCAAAGAGUCGAACCUCUUCAUUACCUUGAAGGGGAAAAGAUCGGUCUUGAGAAGGCGCUGCAGGUUGCUAGAGCCAGAGAAGCAGUGAGGGAUGCUGCUGGAAGGGACAUCCCUAUUACUCCGAGUCCUGCUAUGCCUCCCGACAUUGCCUGGUCAUCUAGACCAUCGACGCCAGAACCACCACCUUUGUAUAGUGAUUCAUUGGUUACUCGUGUUGUUAAAGAGGUUUUAUGCCAAGGCCCCGGCGCAUGA